AUGCAGUGGCAAGUAAUAUUUUAUCUGACGUAUUUUUAUCAUUUGGUGAUAUGUCAAAUCCGUUAUUCUAUUCCGGAGGAGUUAAAGAAAGACUCAGUUAUCGGCAAUAUAGCGCAAGACCUGGGGCUCGAUUUGCAGAGGUUGCGAACGGGCCGAGCCCGUAUCGUGCCUGGAGAAAGCAUCCAGUACACAGAGCUUAAGACAGACAAAGGGAUUUUAGUCGUCAGCGAGAGAAUAGACCGAGAACACCUUUGUGGAGACAUUUCACCAUGUAGCCUUAGCUUCGAGAUCAUUCUAGAGAAUCCCAUAGAAUUGCACCCACUGGAUAUAAUCAUUCAAGACCAGAAUGACAAUGUGCCUCAGGUUUUGUAUCCAGUACAGACUGGUGGCUCUCUGGUGGCUGAAAUGGUGCCUCGUUCAGCAGAUAUAGGGUACCUUGUCACUAAAGUGGUGGCUGUUGAUGUGGACUCUGGACAGAAUGCAUGGCUCUCAUAUAAACUGCUGAAAGCGACAGAGAAGUCAUUGUUUGAAGUUGGACUACAGAAUGGAGAAAUAAGAACAAUUCGCCAAAUCAGUGAUAAAGAUUCUGUAAAACAAAGGCUCACUAUUGUAGUACACGACAACGGACAGCCCUCUCGUUCAGUUUCCGUGAAUGUGAAUGUGGUAGUGGCGGACAGUUUCCCUGAAGCACUCUCGGAGUUCACGGAUUUUACGCAUGAAAAGGAUUACAAGGACAACUUGACUUUUUACCUAAUAUUAGCAUUGGCUGCGGUUUCAUUUCUCUUCAUAACUUGCUUAGUGGUUAUAAUAUCAGUUAAAAUGUACAGAUGGAGACAAGCUGAGAAGUACUAUAAAUCUAAUCUCCCGGUGAUUCCGUACUACCCACCGCGUUACGCAGACGUCGGUGGUACAGGAACUUUGCAACACAUGUAUAAUUAUGACAUGUGCAGAACGACUGAUUCCCGAAAGAGUGACAGUACUGUCCUCGGUCCCUGUACUCGCACUGUCUUGAUUUCAGACCACACUUCCACAGGAACGAUGCAGCGUCCGCACAUUGAAAAAAACAUCCUGGAUGAAUCAGACUCUCAAUUAGAGGUGAGUAUUUUUGAACAUAAGAUAUAG